AUGGAGGAAUCUGAACAAGUUGUGGUUUUUCAAUCUCCAAGUGAUAUGUCUCCUAGUGAUUUUAUGGGUGUUGGUGAAUCUAAUGUGUCGGAAAAUCUUGAAUUGAGCGAUCUGGCUCGGGUGUCACUCGAUGUGCUCGGUAGACCGAAGGAACCGACGAGGCGCUGCAGUGGUGGUUUGUGGCUGCCAGCGUGCAUGCAGGCUAAGCGGCAGCUCAGCGUGGCGCGCGUGGGUCUCUUCGGCAAGGUGCAAGAUUGCGGCUUCCUCGACGGGGCUCAAUUUAGACUCGCGGUGACUCGGUCGGCGCUCUAUGGCAAUUCGCGUGUUUCCGAUGGGGCGAUGUUCAAACAAGAAAGGUCGCCGGUGGUCUGUGGAUCGGCGGGAAAAGACCGAUGCGGGUGGAGCGAUGGCAAUCGGGAAAACUCCAGGAGGAGGAGAUAG